CAGUCGCAUUCCAAGACACAAAGGCCCGGAAGAAUAGCUCUCUGGCAGGGUUUUCGCUGGACCAUAAAAUGUCGAAAUAUCCCCCCACCCCACCCCCUAAAAGAUAAGGCGCAGGCCCCAGAGCGGAUCCAGCCCUCUGGGCCUCCUUUUUCCAGGCUGGGAAGAGAAAGUAUUUAUGACAGUCUCCAGUGACCCAGAUGCUGGGAGCCCAGAGUCCACUCUGUUCAUCGCAGCACCCGAAGAGCAGGCUCAGAAAAGGCAGGGCUGGAGCCAAGGCUGAAGCGAGCUGUGGUAGGGGUAGAGAAGCCCUGUCCUGACCCCCACUAUUCUGGACCCUAGGGAGGCCUGCAGCCCUGGCACAGCCCUCUUCUGACCCUUCCCUCGUGCUGCUCCAAUGCCAGAGUUCUGGGUGUCUAAGAGUUUGGGCAGCUCCUGAGAUGGGGGUGGGAUUCCCCAAAUGCAGGGGAUCCUGGAGGGAGCUCUUGCUGCCUGCACCAGUGAAUCUCCUUUGGGAAUUUGACAGAGAGUGGCCAUUUCCCCAGCAAUUACUUAGAUAACAAGGGGACUGGGUUGGGUGGGGGGAGGUGUUCAUUCUCUCUAAACCAUCCUGCCCUGAACCGCCAUUCCUUCUUCCAUCUCCAGAGCUGGGCUCAGGAUGGGGAAGGAAAAGUUCUGGUUGCCUAACCACCUCCUUCCUCAUCCAACCCUGAAACCCCCAGGAUGUGGAAGAAAAACAUUUUGCUUUCAUAAUGCAAAGACCUAAAGAUGCAUCUGUGUUUGUCAGGCAUGUGUGCAUGUGUGCCUGGGUGUGCACAUGUGCAUACAGUGUCUGUGAGGUGGCAGGGAUGCUUCCAGGCAUGUGUGUGCUAGUUUACAAUGAGCAUGGACUUGAUGUGUCUCAGGGUGAAAAGUAGCACGUACAGUGUGUGUGUGUCCUGAGUGUGCUCUAGGAUUUCCUGGGUGUAACAGCCUCACACCCUGGUGAGGGAGAGGACUGGAAAAAUAAUUCUUACUCAUCUUUUUCAUUCAUAUGCACACAGCAUGCAUGUAUUCUCACCUUCUCCCUUUUUCUCUCUGUCUGUGUUAAGCCCAAAUCACUGUACACACUUAUGGCCAGAGAAGGGUGCUGAUGGACUAAGGUUCUUUAAUCCAUUAGAAUUAACUUGAAUGUAUUCAGUCUUGGGGAUGGGGGAACCCUCCAGAGAAAGUGUGGAUAAAUAUUUAAAGAGUGUCUGUUGAUAGUUCCCAUCCACAUCCUGGCCUGGGCAGCCUGCCUGGGGAAGAGGGAGCUGCAGUGAAGCCAGGGGCCCCACCAGGCUAAGCUGGCAUUUCCUAUGGCAUGGGGGUAUGUGGGGACAAGUAAGAGGCCUGCUCCAGUCCCCUCCAACUCAGAUGCAAAUAGUCUCCUAACAAGAAAUGUCCUGAAUCAGCCCAGCUAGAAACCAGGGACACACAGCUGCCCUUUCCUUUUAGUCUCCAUAAGCAGCUUUGCUCUCAGAACCCCUAGCCAAGCUUGUGGCCAUUGCCUGGGUUUCCUGCUCCAUGCAGGGGUUGGUGUCUGAAGGGGCAGUGUGGCCCUGACUGGGUAUAUGGAGUUUUCCCCAGCCCCACCUCCUCUGACCCUCUCCUCUACCCAUAGCAGGUAGCAAGAGAGUCUCCUGGAUCUAAGGAAGAAGACAGAACAGCUUCGGACCCUGGGGAGGGGCCAGGGGAUGGAGGGUCUGAUGCCUGAAGUAUUUGGGGGUAUGGAGUGCUUGUUCCUCCUCAAAGUCUCCAGACUUAGGGACCCCCUAGGAAGCCCAUCUUUUCGGUUAGGGGCCCUGCUCUGGCUUGCAGGUAUUCAUCCCCUUGGAGGUCUUAUACCUGUUGAGGUAACCUGGGUUGACCUGCUGGCUCAGGUAUCUCUCUCUCUCUGAGAAGAAGGAAAAGAGAAGCGAGGCUGGGGGCGAGAGGCACCUUCACAUCUAAAUUCGUACCCUGGAAAACUGGCCCCAGCCAUUAGCUGGGGCUGGCUCACCACCCCCCUACACACACCACACACCCCCAUCCCUCCCCCUCUCCUCCCCUCCCCUUCCUCCAGGUCCCCCCAGCCCUGUACCCCUCAACCCCCGCCAUCUCUCUCUCUCUCUCUCUCUCUCUCUCUCUCUCUCUCUCUCUCUCUCGCCUGUCUUCAUGUCGUGGAUUGAUGAACGCGAAUCGCGUGUAAGCGCCGCCACCGCCGGGAGUCUGAGGAAUUCGCCUGGGCUGUUAAAGGAAAGAGCUAAGUGAGAGAGCGCGAGCUCUACCUACCGACAGUGAGGAGCGCCGCCGCCGCCGCCGCCCGCUCGCCGCCCGCCGCCGCCGCCCGCGCCCCAGCCCCGGGAGCUCUGCUGAUCCGGCCGAGCUCAGCACCGAGGCGCCCCCCAACCUGCCCAGCCCACCAGCCCAGCCCAGUCCCGGGGAGCCAGCUGGCCUGGGGUUCGGUCCCGGGGGGAGGGGAGUUUCGGGGGUACCGGGCGGGGUACUCGUGAGCCAGAGGGGAGGGGGCCGAGGGUUUUCAUGUACCCAGCAUGAGCUCCUACUUCGUCAACCCCCUGUUCUCCAAAUACAAAGGCGGCGAGUCCCUGGAACCGGCCUAUUACGACUGCCGGUUCCCUCAAAGCGUGGGCAGGAGCCAUGCGCUGGUGUACGGGCCCGGCGGCUCGGCGCCCGGCUUCCAGCACGCUUCGCACCACGUCCAAGACUUCUUCCACCACGGCACCUCCGGCAUCUCCAACUCAGGCUACCAGCAGAACCCGUGCUCGCUUAGCUGCCACGGAGACGCCUCCAAAUUCUAUGGCUACGAGGCGCUCCCCAGACAGUCCCUUUAUGGGGCUCAGCAAGAGGCGAGCGUGGUGCAAUAUCCCGACUGUAAAUCCUCCGCCAACAGUAACAGUAGCGAAGGACAAGGCCACUUAAAUCAAAACUCGUCUCCCAGCCUCAUGUUUCCAUGGAUGAGACCCCACGCUCCGGGGAGGCGCAGUGGACGGCAAACUUACAGCCGGUAUCAGACCUUGGAACUAGAAAAGGAGUUUCUCUUUAAUCCUUAUUUGACACGAAAACGUCGGAUUGAAGUCUCUCAUGCCCUGGGACUGACCGAGAGACAAGUGAAGAUCUGGUUCCAGAACCGAAGGAUGAAGUGGAAAAAGGAGAACAACAAGGAUAAACUGCCGGGAGCCCGAGAUGAGGAGAAGGUGGAGGAAGAAGGAAAUGAGGAAGAGGAGAAAGAAGAGGAGGAAAAGGAAGAAAACAAGGACUAAGCAAAAAAGAAAGACCCCCCCCCUUUAGCAACUCCCUUGAAGUUUCGUUUUAUGGUAGCAGAUAAAUUGAGAAGUUUACGACUGUCAUUUGCUUUUAUAGAGAAUAGAAUGACACUCACAACUCUAACUACCUGUCAGAUACUUGCAGCUCUGGUUUUAUUACCUUUGGACUUCCCCCACUCUUUAUUUGUUUGGGGGCUGGAGGGGGGAGACGGAGACACAGUGAAAAGUUCGGACUCUCUGUCUCACUCCUUGCCCCACACACACUUGUCCCUGCCCCCACCCUUCUGAGUCCUUCCUGGAUUUUAAGGUCUGAGACCUGGCCUCCGUGCUCCUCGGUCUGUCUCUCACCACACUCCCACCUCCCUGCUUCUCUGGUAUUUAUUUUAGAGGGGAGCCCCCUCGAAAUGCAGAAAAUGACUUGUGGUUUUGUUUUUAUGCUAAGGCUAGUGUACUAGAUGUACUUUUUCUAAAAAGGAAAGGACAGAAAAAAUGAAGAAAGGAAAGGAAGACAAGUGUAAAGAAAUAAGGAAAAAAGCAAGGAAUAUCCCCUCCCCCUCCCCCUCCCCAGGGCUCCCUGCUUAGAAAAACCCCCUUGACUUUCUCUAGGAACCUGAUGGAAACCUGAAGGAGAUGUGGGUCUCUCCCCUCCCCCCAUUUCCAGAAGGGUAGAUAGGAGCCUGCAGUCGCCUCUAAAAUCCUACCUAACCAUCCCAUGGUCACUCGGGUCCAUGCCUUCCUCUCCUUCGCUGUUUGAUUUCUAUUCUGUUGGGCCCGCCUUCCUCUGAGCUGCAUUAGUGUUAGUGCUCAGAAAUCACCAUAAUCAUGAAAAUAAUAAUAAUAAAUUUUUAACAUACUACCUAAAGGGAACCUGCAAUAAUCUUGAAAAAGAAAAAGAGAAAAAUUUUUAAAUCCUGCUAUAGGAGAAAAAAAGAGAAAAAAAUAAAAAUCAAAAAAAAAGAAAGAAAGAAACCUCCAGCGUAUUUUAUCACUACCUAUAGAAAGAAAUCCUGCUUUGAGAGUAUUUGUAAUGCGGUUUUGUUGUCGUUUGUUGCUGCUUAUUUCACUAUGAAAACCCAACAACUGAGACUGCCUAGCCCGACGGUCCUGUGCGCUUUUAUUGUGCUUCUAACCCCAGUAGAGUAGAACUAAAUUGCACUGAAUGUAUAGUUAACUCUGUCUUGAAUUCUCUGUUUAUGCAAUGUGCUCGAAAGAAAAAAAUGUUAAAAAUAUAUCUAUAAUAAUAAUUUUUUGUCAUUUGUCUUUAUGUCCAGCUAUGAAUGUAGAUUUUGUGUCCCGACAGCCCUGUUCCUGGUCCAAGUACUUUGUAUUGUAUACGUGAGUCAUAAUAAUAAAAAAAAGAAGAAAAAUAAUA